GUCUGCCUUAGAGGCAUUAAUCUUGUAUUUUCGGUUGGAGCGAUAUAUCUUUUUCUGUCGAGUGAACAACAGCAAGAGAAAAAAGCGCAUAUUUUCUAGAACUCUGUCCUGAAAACACCAAUCUUCUGUCCUUAUGUUCUUUUCUUCUGAGAGUGGUCUGAGGGCUUUUUUCUUAGACUGUCGGAGUCUGAUUUUUGAUUUUGGACCACUUCAUUAAUGAGGUUAUUUGCUUUUCUUCUCAAUCAUCACACUUUUUUACGCCAAUCCAACACUUGCACAGUCCAAGCGUCAUACGGACAUAUACCACCCUUCCCCCACAUAAUUGACGAUCAUCAUAGAGGACAUUCACCUAUAGAUUGUUACAACAUCCAGAGACUGACAUAAGAUACGCGCAAAUAAAACUCUGAACGCAACGUAUGUCAUAUUUAAAGAAUUCACCCAUCAAACCAAAACGCUGUAGGUUUUUUUGAAUGAUUGCUACGGAUUGGCAUAGGGACAUAUUUAGCGAUAAAUUCAGGAAAGAAGUCGGGUCAUAUCAUAGAAUUUCUUACAUUUGUUCACAUUCAGCACUUGUAAUAUAAGUUGAACUACAUUUGAGAUAUUUUACUUCUUAUUUGGGGGGAACGUCGAGAUAACGACUACAUUAACGACUACAUUCAUCAUUCGAUACAUAAAAACUACAACGACGAGCGGGCUAUCGCAAUAGAAGAUGGCUGGUCCUGCGAAAAACGCUAAGUAUCCAGACCUGGUCGACGUGACCAGGGAGGAGAAGAAGAAGGAGCGACGUGAGAUUAUGGGCGAUUUAGAUGGCUACUUCUGUCCUCAAGUAGGUACGGGCAGACACGCGUUCGAGCCCAACAUCUUCGCCUACUGUCUUCGUGACCCCAUCAAGCCUGAUGCGAGCUAUCCGAGAUUCUUGGUACUAUGCUGUUUUUUGAACUACGGAGUGCGAGUAGAGUACAUCGUUGAUUUUGUUGUAGUAGGUGGUGCGAAACAGGACAACGUGAACAGCACUUAAACGCUUUCCCGAUUUUCUUGAGGUACUAAUGCUAGGCGUGAACAUUUCUCCUGUGAGCAUGCAUGGUAAGUAACAUCACUCUGCAAUUUUCCAUGAACGGACCAAACAUCAAAGGUAUGCCACAUGUGCGGUAACGAGUUUGGUCCCGACUCUUUGGAGCUCCAUCUUAAAGUGUGCGAGGAAAAGUGGGAUGCUGCGGAGGCACAGCGAGAACCAGGCGAGCCCACCCGCGAUAUUCCUAGUCGACCAGGCGUCACGCCAGCAGACCCAAAGAAUUGGACUAGAGAGGAAUGCGACGAAUACAACAAACAAGCAUUAGAGGCCUACCAUGAUAACGCAUUGUUCGAAUGUGAAAAAUGCGGUAGAAAAGUUUUGGAGGAGUCCUUUGCAGCGCAUUAUAUGGGAUGUGACGGAAAAGGAGGUGGUGAGAACCCGAAAGUCAAGGUACUAGAACCUACUAGGCCAUUAGCUUAGAGGCUGUGUGAUGAUUAGUUAAGAAGCCGUGACACCAACACUGAUUUCCUCUGGACCGCCCGAGGCAUAACCUACAUUGGCUAUGAUAAUUGUUUUAUCUAUCAUCCGAUCUCUCAUCAUCUAUCGUCCCUUUUUCAACGUCUACCCACUUUCUCAAAUAAAACCAGCCCUGCGACUUAUGCGGCAAGCUAUUGUUUGGAGAACAGCAUCAGCUCUACCAUAAGAGGAAGUGCAGAGCAUGCUUUUGGGAUAUGCCAACAUGCACAAGAACUAUCGGAGCAGCUUGCUAUGUUUGCGGUAUUUUUACAUGACAAGUUUUAGAGCCGCAGUUUUAGAGGCGGGUACGAUUUUUCAAUUAUCUAGUUUAAUUGACAAAAGUGAAGAAUAUGCCACUUUCAUCUUAGUCCUUCGAUCUAGUACCUGCUCCAUUAUCGGCGAACGAUUGCUUCACAUGUUAGGAGUUAUGGCUGACCCACAAGCUCCACUUUUUUUUUUCCACCAGGUAAAGAAGUCGGUGCCCGCGGUUUCGACCGCCAUACUGCUAUGUGCGAACGUCUGUGGAGCAUGCGAGAGGAAAAUAAGACCUACCCAGACGAACGCCUACCCGUUCCCUCCAAACAAGGCCCUAGCACCGGCUGGGACGCGCAAAAGCAAGCUCUCUUAGGCUGUGGCGAGAUGAUGACGUGCCAAAAUUGCAACAAGUCUUUCUUCACUGAAUCGUACUACAAGCACAUCAAGGGCUGUGGGCAAGAACAAACCUUGGAGAACUUUUUGAAACGGGAAAAGAUGCUGAAGUCGGGUCAAAUAAAACGAGAGCCAGUACUUGGAUGCGAAGAUGGAUAUUUUAGGAAGUACAACCGAAAUCCGUCAGAAAAGGGAGUGUGCUGCUACAUCUGCAGCAGGAAAUUUGGCGUGGCGAGUAUCGAUAUCCACAUCAAAGGCUGCAUUCACAUGUGGGAGCAAAGAGAAAAGAGCAAGUCUGAUCGGGAAGAGAAGAGGUGUGUUUUCAUAAGAUUUUGGUUUUGGUUUUUGUAGUCGCUUUUUGAAAAAACAUUCUUUAGUACUAGAUAGCCAUGCUGGUAUACGACAUCAAUCCUCUCUUUGUAUACAUAGUGACAUAACAGCCUUGCAUCUCUCUCACACACACACCCUUCAACAGGCCCGUUCCCGCUCGCCCUGCCGAGUUCGAUGCAUACAAGGCAGGUAAGAUGACCUUGUCAGGUUGGAAUAAGUGGGUGCUGGAGAACUGCGCACUCUACGUGCCAUGCAAAAAUUGUGGCCGCACGUUUUUGCCGGAACAGCUUCCUAAGCAUCGUAGGGGAUGCAAGCCACAGGGCGCUCCAUCAGAAUGGCGAUGCUAGAGUGUGUAGAGUUACUCAGUAGAUUUUUGGUGAGUAUUUGUGUAUAGGUAUCUUGCUUAUUCUUGUGAUUCAACAUAGUAGCUCAAAGGUCUUUACCAGCUCACGUUAUGAUUUACCAAAUUUUUGGUCGGGAGCAACUGGGUCAUAGAGUCUGCAUACAGGUGGAGGUUAGAAAUACUAGGGCCCAUUCAAGAAGAUUUUGGAAAUUUUGAUAUAGCUGCUAUGCCAAAACAGGGAGGGAAACUAAGCAUGGGUUGUAAUUACUGGGACGAAUCGCAACUCAAGGGACCACGAGCAGGGGGGAAGACAUCAAGGAUAAGGCUAGAAAUUGAUUACUUAUAAAUGAUCUACUACACACAUCACUUCUGGUGAGAACUACAUCAUAGGUAAACUAGUUAAGGGGAAACAGAAUUAGAGAGAUGAAUAAUGAUAGUUGUUCAGCAGUUUGAGUAAGAUUUCUACCCCCUCAUACAUAUUGAUAUCCCGGCAUUACACCUGAACUUCCCCACUUAGACCUACACGUAGUAGCAUUUGAAGAUAACUACAUGAAUGAAAGUAUAGAUGAUGAGAGUUAGACCACGCAUAAAUAAUGAAAUGAACAAUAUUGAUUGGCAAAAAUCACAAUAACAUGGAAAAAUAAACGACUUGAAACUACAACAAUAUUAACUAGUUUAAGCGAAUAAAAUUCACACAAUCUUGAAUUUGAAUUCUGAAUCAAUCUUUUACUGCAAGAACUAUGACAUUGACGCGAUUGACGACCAUAUUUGUUGGUCUUGUAAUAUCUUUUUCUGGAUAGGACACCUUCACGAUAAGACAUGAUGAAGCAAUAGGAUAAAUAACAGAAACACUGACAAUUGAACAAUAAUGAACAAGGAUACUUGCAAAACAAUCGGUACUACAAUCGAUUAUCUAUUUCUAAGUAAUCAUUCUACUACAACGCCACAUACAAUUCACGAUAUUUCUGGCUUGGGAAGAUCACCUCAUGGGACGGAGACAUCGGGAGAAAAGAUCUUCAACUCAUAUGAUCCUGUUGAGACGCAACACGGAUUGCUCGCAUUUACUUCUGAAAUUGAAAAAAGGUCUCACCCGUAUGUUCUCUCGAAAGAUAGGUCAUGGAAAUUUACAGCGAUGGAGUUCCACUGUUGUGGGAGAG